AUGAUUAAAAUUGAGGUGAAGGAGGCGACGGUAGUGAGGCCAGCGGAGGAGACGCCACGGCGGGUGUUGUGGAGCUCGAGCCUGGACCUGCUGGUCGGCAGCAAUCACGUGCCCACCGUCUACUUCUACCGCCGUCCGACCGACGGCGCCGCCGACUUCUUCGACGUCGCUGUCCUUAAGGCCACCCUCGGCAAGGCCCUUGUCCCCUUCUACCCGUUGGCCGGCCGCCUCCGCCAAAACAACGACGACAACCGCAUUGAGAUCGAUUGCAACGCGGAAGGAGUCCUCUUCGUGGAGGCUGAGACUGACUCCGCCCUCGACGAUUUCGGAGAUUUUGCUCCCUCUCCCGAGUUUCACGGCCUCAUCCCUGCCGUCGACUACUCUGGUGGCAUUUCUUCCUAUCCUGUCCUGGUCUUGCAGGUCACUCACUUCAAAUAUGGAGGGGUGUCACUUGGUGUGGGGUUGAACCACAAUGUUGCCGAUGGUUUUGCCGCUCUCCACUUGGUGAAUACGUGGUCCGAUAUGGCUCGUGGUCUCGGCCUCACAAUUCCGCCGUUCAUAGACCGGACAUUACUCUGUGCCCGCGACCCACCUCGACCUACGUUCGACCACAUCGAAUACAAACCACCUCCCUCCAUGAAAACUACUAGUACUAGUGCUCCUCAACAAUCCAUUGCGGCUGGUAUUUUCAAAAUGACCAAGGAACAGCUCCAAGUGUUGAAAGCCAAGUCUAAGGAAUACUUAAUUAAUGACGGGGACACAAGUACAAGUAGUACUGCUACAAUCAACUUGACCUCAUUUGAAAUUUUAGCGGGUCACAUCUGGCGAUGCGUGUGCAAAGCACGUGCACUUGCUGACGAUCAAGAGACCAGAGUGUACAUUGCCACUGACGGAAGGUCUAGGCUACAACCCCCACUCCCACCCGGUUACUUUGGCAAUGUGGUCUUCACAGCCGCACCGCUGGCUACUGCGGGUGAUAUCCAAUCAAAACCGACGCGGUAUGCUGCCAGCCGCAUCCACGACGCCUUGGCACGGAUGGACAACAAUUACCUAAGAUCAGCCCUUGAUUACUUGGAACUUCAGCCUGAUCUAAUGGCUCUCGCUCGCGGGGCACACACAUUUAGGUGCCCUAAUCUUGGGAUUACAAGUUGGGUUAGGCUGCCAAUCCAUGAUGCUGAUUUUGGUUGGGGUCGGCCAGUUUUCAUGGGACCAGGUAAAGUUUCGUUUGAAGGAUUUGUGAUCGUCUUACGUAGCCCAAUUGAGGAUGGGAGCUUGUCAAUCUCAAUUAAUCUUCAACAAGAACACCUGAAAGCAUUCGAGAAGUUGAUUUAUGACAUAUGA